AUGCCAUUGGUUAACCCAUUAUUUUUUUUAUUACUUAUUUCAUUCUCUUUAGCUACAUUAAUCCCUUUUAAUGUCUGUAGUGAAAUUAAAACAUUUACUAUUUCUACAAUAGAAGGUUUACCUUGGCCUCCAGUGAGUGGUUUAGCAUCAGUCAUCACAUUUACUGGAAAAUUUAAUAAAAAAGUUGAUUCUUUAAAUCUUUAUACUGAUUUAUGGAUGAAAGUUGGUUCAUCAUGGAUAUCUGUUCCACAACUUUCAAAGGAUUUAUGUAAACUAGAGUUAUAUUGUCCAUUAAAUGAUGGAACUACUUCAUUUAAAAUUCGAUUUGAAGUUCCACCUAUAACUCCAAUUGGAACUAAAUGGAAAGGUCAAUUUCAAUUUAAGUCAAACAACGGCACUCUAUUCAGUUGUUCAGAAUUUGGUCCGGUAUUAGUUAAAUAG